AUGAAGACAGUGGCAAUGAAGACAGUGGCGGUGGCUCUCCUUGUGCUGGUGGUUUUGGAAGGGAUAGAGUGCCGUAAGCAGCUGGAAUGGGAAGACGAAGCUCAAGCUCGAACUGGAUUUCCAGCUGGAGGUUUCGUUCCAGCACCUCGUCCGAGGAAGAACUCUCAUCACCACGGCUCCCACGGCCACACUCCAGACGGCUCUUCUUACGGUUCCAGCAGUGGAAGUUACAGUGGCGAUGGUAGUGCGAGCGGCUAUGGCUCUGGAUACGGUGGUGGCCCUGGCGGAGGCAGUGGCUCCGGCUAUGGCUAUGGAUCCAGCUCGGGCUCUGGGAGUACUGGCUAUGGCUAUGGAAGUGGCCAAGUUCCUGGGGCUGGUAGCUCAAGCGAAGACGAGUCCCACUUUCCAGGUGGAGUGCCACCCCUGCCAGAAAUGCCUGGGUUUGUUUAG